UAUGUAUAUAUAAUAUAUAGACUGCCCCGCGACCCUGAUGGAGAAGCGGCUUAGAAAAUGGAUGUAUAGACUGUUAUAUAGGAAGUUUACAGCAUUUGCCUUGGUCAGGCCUCAGUGGGUCCCCACAGCGCUCAAUUCAGUGCCAAGUUAGUAAAUAUUCCAUAAUUUCCCGUUUCGCCACUUUUUGACCAAUAGAUGGUGCCAAAAGCAUUAAAUGCAAACCGAGAACCGUUACUGAAGAAAACCGGAACAAGGCCUGCGGGCAGUCAUCGUGAUCCUGACCCCAGAUCGGUCUAGAAACAGUGCGGAGACUGGAAGUGGAUCGUUUUCAGAGAAAUGACCUCUCUGCCUCGGUGCUGACGACUUUUCCAGUUUGUGGAAGUAUAAAGGAUGGAUGGCCUUGAGGGAGCAGCAACUGAGAGGAUUCUGCUAGAACCUUACAAUUACCUGCUGCAGCUACCAGGAAAACAAGUACGAACUAAACUGUCCCAGGCUUUCAACCACUGGCUUAAUGUACCUGAGGAUAAACUUCAGGUAGUCAUUGAGGUCACAGAGAUGCUUCACAAUGCCAGCCUUCUGAUUGACGACAUUGAGGACAGCUCCAAGCUGCGACGUGGUUUCCCCGUGGCCCACAGCAUCUACGGUGUGCCUUCAGUCAUCAACUCCGCCAACUACGUCUAUUUCUUGGGCCUGGAGAAGGUAUUGAUGCUGGACCACCCUGAGGCGGUGCACGUCUUCACCCGCCAGCUUCUGGAGCUGCACCGUGGCCAGGGAAUGGACAUCCACUGGAGGGACACGUACACGUGCCCCAGUGAGGCCGAGUAUCGUGCCAUGGUGCUGCAGAAGACAGGCGGCCUUUUUGGCUUAGCAGUUGGCCUGAUGCAGCUUUUCUCCAACUGGAAGCGAGACCUGAAGCCCCUACUGGACACUCUGGGCCUCUUCUUCCAGAUCCGUGAUGACUAUGCAAAUCUGAGCUCACGUGAGUACAGUGCCAACAAGAGCUUCUGUGAGGACCUGACUGAAGGCAAGUUCUCCUUCCCCACCAUCCACGCCAUCUGGUCACGGCCAGAGAGCACACAAGUGCAGAAUAUUCUGCGGCAGCGUACUGAGAACGUGGACAUCAAACGCUACUGCGUGGACUACCUGGAGAAAGUGGGCUCCUUCGCCUACACCAGGCAGACACUCAGGGGCCUGGAGGCAGAGGCCUACAGACUGAUUGCGGAGUUAGGGGGCAACCCAGAGCUAGAGGGUCUGGUAGAACAUCUCAGCCGUAUGUACAAGGAGCCAGAGGUGGCAGCUUCUACUUCAAGUUCAAACAGCCGUUUGAAGCAGUGACCAAGGAACUGUUGAUAGCUCCUAUGUGGGGACAGUAGAUGUCUCACUACUGAAUUCAAAACCUUUUACUUGUCCCUGCUGCCCAAAGUCUCCCGAAUAUAAUUUCUUUAUAUUUUGUUUUGCUACACACUGACCACAAAACUUAGUACACCAGCGUUUUGUUUUGCUUUUAUUUAUGAGCUUUACAGAAACUCUCACUGUAGUAAAGUUGUCUUUGCAUAGAAUUACAUUCAUUCACCACAAACCUUUUUCCCGCAUAUGGCUUAUUUGACCUUAAAGGUGCAUAUGCACUUCCAGCUACAGACUUCUAGCGACAGACCGAGCGACAGACCGGGCUACAGACUGAGCGACAGACUGACUGACAGACCGAGCGACAGACCGAGCAACAGACUGAGCGACAGACCGAGCGACAGACUGAGCUACAGACCGAGCGACAGACCGAGCUACAGACCGGGCUACAGACUGAGCGACAGACUGACUGACAGACCGAGCGACAGACCGAGCAACAGACCGAGCGACAGACCGAGCGACAGACUGAGCUACAGACCGAGCGACAGACCGAGCGACAGACCGAGCUACAGACUGAGCGACAGACUGAGCGACAGACUGAGCGACAGACUGAGCGACAGACUGAGCGACAGACCGAGCGACAGACUGAGCUACAGACCGAGCGACAGACCGAGCUACAGACCGAGCUACAGACUGAGCUACAGACCGAGCGACAGACCGAGCUACAGACCGAGCGACAGACCGAGCGACAGACCGAGCGACAGACUGAGCGACAGACCGAGCUACAGACCGAGCUACAGACCGAGCGACAGACCGAGCUACAGACCGAGCGACAGACCGAGCUACAGACCGAGCUACAGACCGAGCUACAGACCGAGCGACAGACCGAGCGACAGACCGAGCGACAGACCGAGCUACAGACCGAGCGACAGACCGAGCUACAGACUGAGCUACAGACUGAGCGACAGACCGAGCUACAGACUGAGCGACAGACUGAGCGACAGACUGAGCGACAGACCGAGCUACAGACCGAGCUACAGACCGAGCUACAGACCGAGCUACAGACCGAGCUACAGACCGAGCGACAGACCGAGCUACAGACCGAGCUACAGACCGAGCUACAGACUGAGCUACAGACCGAGCGACAGACCGAGCGACAGACCGAGCGACAGACCGAGCGACAGACUGAGCUACAGACCGAGCAACAGGCAGAGCGACAGACUGGUAAUUCAGCUACAGUUGUGAGCCUGAGGUAUGUGACGGUGUUACAACUCAAUAUAUGAGCUGGGCUUGUGGGCAUUUAUCAUAAUAUAAUCUUUUCACCAUGCAAACCUCAUCGUGUCCUUUCAGAUGCACAAUACAAAAAAGGCAGCAAAGCCUGAGCAAAACAACCAUUAAGAGACAAAUGAAGCCUUAAAUUUCUUCGUGCUCUGCUCACCAGAGCCCUUUAAGGUUUAGUGUGUAGAACGCCGACUGUGUUUUGACAGGUUUUAUACUGUAUGUUUGGGCAGAAAACUGGGGAAACUAGAAAGGGGGCUGUGAUUAUCAGCUGUUAGAAUCAGAGUGUAAUGCUGACAUUGAGACGUACAGCUGGGCUUAGAUUUGAUCUGUUCAGUGGGGAAUCCUGUAAAUCUUCCCCAGAGCAAGCCUGAAAUAACUAAUUUACUUUUUUGUACCUUUUUGUUUUCAUGAUAUCUACACUCCAAAGAAUAAAAUGAGAUCUGCUCAUACUUAUA